UGUGGCCUACAUCGCACAAUUCUGGUUACUCUUAACCGUAAAAGAUAUUUCGUUUGUCACAGUUAUAUAGGUUAGUUUUAGGCUCUAUUAUAGUCCAUUAUUCCUAGCGAACUUCCAGCCCUUAAGAUGGGUAGAAAGAGCAGAUCUAAACAUGUUGCCAAGCCUCCUGCCAUCAGUGCUUAUUCAAACAAAAAAGAAAUGGAUCGCUUAGUGCAGAAACUUUUGAACACAUGUGUGAAGCCGACAACAAGAAAGGAUGAAUGGGAAAACUACUUGGAAAUUCAAUUUCUGGUGGAAAGGAUACGACAAUAUCAAAAUAGCAAACCCUUCUCUGGAAAUCGUGAAGAAAAACUUCCAUUGUUCGUUGAUUGGUUGAAAUUAAAUGGAGUAAAUAUGCAGGAUAUUGUGUUAGAAAAUUAUGGAGGAGAAUAUGGAAUUGGAGUGAAAGCAGCGAAAGAUAUUAAGAUGGACGAUGAAAUACUUCAAGUCCCAUACAAACUAAUGUUGACAUCAGAAAAGGCAGAGGAAUCCUAUCUUGUCGACCUCAUCAAAUCGAGAAAAAUGCUGAUAGAAAUGCCAAACAUAUCACUGGCUUUGUAUUUGCAUUGUGAAAGGCUGAACCCUGAAUCAUUUUACAAACCUUAUAUUGAUGUACUUCCUAAAGAAUACAACACCACGCUGUAUUUUUCGCCCAACGAAAUGGAAGCUUUGAAAGGGACGUCUGCUUUCUCAACUGCGAUUUCCCAGUAUAAAAGUAUUGCGAGGCAGUAUGGCAUGUUUUUCAAUUUGAUGCAUGGUGGCACAGCCAUGCCAGAAGUAGAAAAGAUUCCACUUACUGCAAAGAAUGAGUUUACCUAUGAUGCUUAUCGAUGGGCUGUUGCAUCUGUUUCCACACGUCUCAAUAGGAUAGCUAUUUUGACCAAAGAAGAAAAGCAGGAACUUUGCAAGCAUGGUGGUUCAUGUCAUGAUCAUCAUGCAAAAGAUUCAACUCUUGCUCUCAUACCAAUGUGGGAUAUGAUAAAUCACAGCUUGGGACAGAUAAGUACUGAUUGCGAUCCAACGUUGAAAGUAUGCAAGAGUUAUGCAAUGCAAGACUUCAAGAGUGGAGAACAAAUAAAAAUAUUCUACGGUGCUCGGAGCAAUGUUGGAUUCCUUGUGUACAAUGGAUUUGUGGUCGAAAAUAAUCCAUAUGAUCGUGUGGACAUACAGCUUGGAGUCAGUUCUAAUGAUAAAUUGUACAAGAAGAGAGUACAAUUGCUAGAAAGAUUGAGGAUCCACUCGAGGGGCUCUUUCCAUAUAUUUGCGAUGGUUGAGAACUUACCAACUUCACCUGAACUGUUGGCAUUUCUGAGAGUUUUUCAUAUGAAUGAAGAAGAGUUGGAUUCCUGGUAUGAGAAAGACUUAUUCGGUGCAAAUGGUCUCAAAGAUAUUUACAUGCCGAACACCAGACCUAUUGAGGCUGACUUGAAAUGUUGGAAGUAUUUGGAAAAUCGGGCUGAAUUAUUAGUGCGUGGAUUUAAGAAAACGGAAGUGGAAGAAGAAAUAUUUUCAAAUCCUGAAGUGUCAGAGAGAAUGAAAUUAGCAAUUCGGAUGCAAAGAGAAACAAGAAGAGUACUUGAAUCAUGUCAAGAGUUCUGUUGCAACUUUGCUCUUGAUGGGCCAUUUCGAGAAAAACUUUUAGGUAGCUCAAUGCCUGACUAUGGCACUCUAGCUACAAGCGUUGCCCCACCCACAGAAGAAGAAGGGUGUGAACGAGACACGGACGCUGAUAUUCAGUUACUCAGUAAAGUGACCGCAGAAAAUAUGAUAAGUGAGAAGAAUUUGACUGAAACUGAUUUAAAAAAGAAUGAAAUCAGUAAUCAGACUGAGGAAAUUAAUUUGCCUAUACCUGCGGUUAAUUGAGAACAUGAUUCAUGAUAAAGCAUCGUUAGGUUAUUUUGUUUUAAUCAUAUGAUAAUUUAGUGCGAUGAGUUUUGCAGUCUGAACUAUGGCGAUCAAAAAUGAUGACACACCCAUGAAAACUGAUAUGGACAAUUUUGAGUUAACUUAGGGGUUAUAUACAGUUGUGGGAUUCAAAAUUUUUACGUAGAGGUCUGCUUUUGUAUCGUACACUACACAUUACCCAUUGAAUAAGGUUUAAAAAAAAUGGGUAUGCUGAUUACUGCACCAUCCUGAGAACAUAUUUGAGCGCCCCCCAUGAAUCCCACCACUGGUUUUAUAUAUAUAUAUUCCAUAUGAAUAUGCUGAAAAUUGGGUACUCCCUUAGUAUGUGUACCAGGUUAGGCCAUAAUUUUAUUCGGGGACUGUCUGUGUUAGCCAAAUGAAAAUACCCCCUGCCCAUAGGUUUCAGUCCCUUGAUGUAAAGAAGGCGAACAAAAUUAGUUAACUCCAUAUUGGUACACAUACUUCAGGAGCGCUAAAAAUUGUGUAUUCUUCUGGCAUGCAUCAGAAGUACUAAUCAAUAUGAUUCUACUUAUGUUAUUUUGAAUAAUUGUUUGUUGAAUACUCUUUAAGCUGACUUGAUUUAUUCAUGUUGUCUGCCUUGUUUUGGUAGCUACUCCAAGAUUAUGACUUGUGAAUAUGUAUCACAGUUUUAAAAUUCCAUAGUUAGUUGACUGAAAGUUAUUAAAUUUUAUAUUCUUA